AAUAUUAUUAUGGUGAUAAGUAAUUGAUAAAAAAAACUAGAAUUAAGGAUUUAUUGGAGAUUUCAGACCGAAAAUUGCUUCAAAUAGCUUUUAAUCCGUUUAGCAUAGUCGAGAUUUUUUAGAUUUUUGCAAAUCGGUCCCCAUUAUCAAAAGUUGAGCCUUGUCCUUUGAAUGACUCAUUUGUAGGAGCACCCAGCAUGGAACGGUUGCAAUUGAUGCUCAAUCGAGCGACGAAUCCAUCGAAUGAUGAGCUAGACAUUGCGGCAUUGGAUGCUUUUAUAAGCAUCUUGACUGAAAACGACGAGACCCUUGGUCUGCCAGCUACAAAACUGUUGGUCCUGAAAAUUCAUUCCACGAGUGUUAAGGAGGCUUUGUUAGCGUUAGACUUUUUGGAGGAAUGCAUGGAGAACUGUGGUCCCCGGUUUCGACAAGAAGUUGGCAAGUUCAAGUUUCUGAAUGAAUUGAUAAAGCUCGUCUCGAAGAAACACAUGGGCGAUGUGACACCCAAAGAGCUACAAACCAAAAUUUUAGACAUAUUGUUCACGUGGACGAACAAAUAUCCGAAAGAAGUGAAGAUCAAGGAGGCAUACGACAUGCUUAAGAUGCAAGGAAUUGUUCAUCAACCAAUUAAAAAUGUUCUUCCAAAGACAACGACGUCGACGACGACGAAUGCGCGAAAUAACGUCUCGCCAGUAGAGUCGCGCACGAAAACGAUGGAUUUGCGUGAAAUGCAAUUACGAAAGUUGCUCAACAGCAAAAACCCAAAAGACAUGGAACAGGCCAACUUGCUGAUCCAGAAUAUUGUGCGAGAGGAUGAGCGUCAUGCGCAAAUCAAGACUCGUCGGUCGAUGGAAAUGAAGAAAGUUUCGGAAAAUGUCACGUUGCUGGGUGAGAUGCUAGAGAAUUAUGACGCGAAAUCUACGACAAGUGAUGAGCUGGCAUUAAUUAACGACUUGUACGAGGAUUGUCAGACAUUUAUGCCGAUGAUUUCGAAGCUUGCUGCUGAUCCAGAGCAGAAUCGGGACGAGCUGGCGAGUAUUUUGGAAACGAAUGAUCAGCUCCAGCAUGUUAUUGAGCGGUACAAUCAAGUGGUGGGGGGCAAUAAAAAACCAGAGAAUCAUCAAGCUUCGGCGAAAACAACCGGAUUGGACGACAUUUUGGGACUUAAUCUGACGCCAGAGUCGCCAAAUAACCAAAGCCUUUCCAAAGACACGGUAAUGAAGGAGUUGGGUGAUAUAUUUUCCAAGCCGAUUGACGAGCCCUCAGUGAAUGCAUCACUCAAACCUGAGCAAGACUUGAUCUUGCAACCGAAUAAAGUGUCGCCUACCAUGACAACUGUGAAGCCUCCUGGUCAUCCUCUCAUGCAGAAAGUGCCUCAAAGUGACUCUAAAUAUGCGGCGCUCAUUAAUUUGGAACCGAAAAUAGCGCAUUCUGGCAAUUUGCCGACGAUUCCGAAUGAUUCAAGCAACGGCGUAAAAUCCAAACAACUUGACUUGGAUUCUCUUGUACUUGGGAUGAAGUCAAAGUUGUUACCACAAAACUCUCAAGAGAACGGCGAUGAUGACAAGACUGACGACGAUUCUAAAGUAACGGAUACAAAAGAUGACCCAUUGCUCGACACAAAAUCAACCAAAUCCAAUGACGAUGAUGAUGCGAUACUCUCAUCAGAUGACGUCCCCCUCGCAAUUAUUCCAAAUGCCGUGGCUGUCACGGAGAGCAGUGCCACAUUGAAACCACUGGCUGAGAUAACCAUUGAUAUCGAUAACGUACAGCCGAGCAGUGAGCCACCGCGCACCGUUAUGGAUGAGAAAAAUGGUCUCAAGGUGAUGCUGAACUUUGCGCGAGAUCGUCCACGACCCGAUACCCUGGUAAUUGUCAUUUCGAUCAUCAACCAAGGCACGCAAGACGUUAGUCGCUUUCAAUUUGAUGCAAGUGUAAAAAAACCGGCCAAGCUGCGAUUGUGUCCAGCAUCGGGCACUUCGCUCAAGGGUGUAAAGCCGUUCAGACCGCCCGCCGAUGGCAUUAUGCAAGUUUUGUUGCUUUCAAAUCCCACGGGAAAACCACUCGAUAUGAUUUGCAUCCUGAGUUAUUGUGUGGACAACGAUCCGGAUCCGGUAAAAGAGUCAAUUGAGGUGAAGGAUUUGCCAUACAUUUGUAAUUAAUUUGUAUCUAACUCAUCACAAACAAACAAAAAAAGACGAAUUCUUUGUACGUACUUAGUGAGACUUUUUAAUUCUAGUUCAUAUAUAUUAUUAUUAUUUUAUUCAAUGUGUUAUUUUGUUUAUUUUUUAUCGAUUGUAAAAACACAGAAUUUAUGCAUUUUGGCCAAAAACAAUAAAGGAAGAUUGCUUAGUA